AUGACUCUCACCCUCGCGCAAUCGCUCGCGCGCAGGAGCGCACGAACAUGUCAACAAGUCAGACCCAUGCGCCUGCUGUCCAGUACGACAAACUGCCGAAGCAGGCUGCGCGCGCGAUUGGAGAUUCCGCCUCCUUUCCCAGUGACCAAGAGCUGCCCCGAGCCCAGCUGCAAUUGUCCGCCCACACCCGCUCUACCAGAAGGUCUGCCAAUUGAUCAUGACCAAGCGUUGAAUGGAACGAUGGCGGCCUAUACACAACAGCUGUUGGUAUGCACAGGACAGCCCGAUUGGACCAGUCGCAUUGAGAAUGAUGGCGAGGAGCAAGGGUGGGGUAAUCUUGUGAGAGGGCUGAAGGGGCUCCUGGGCCGUGGAGGACCAUAUUUGGACCCCUUCAAUAAUGUUCUUGUGACGGCAUCUUCCAUUGCGCCCGCCGCAAGCUCAUCGACCUCGGCUUCAGCAUUCCUGUUCCCCAGUUUCAAAUACAUCCCCUCGAUACCCGUUCAAACCAACGCAUCCGACCAAAUCGACCUCACGACCUUUGUCCGCGCCUAUCUUCUCCCCACCCGCAUUCACGACAUGCACUCCUCACUCCCCGCAGAAAAACAAGCAGCCAUGACUCGCGCUCCAGAACUAGCCACCAAAUUCCCCGAAGCUGUCGAUAUCCACCAUUCCCCCACCAUUCUGAUCUGCGGCCAUGGAGGACGCGACAUGCGCUGCGGUGUGAUGGCGCCUGCAUUAGAACUAGAAUUCCAGCGGGUACUCCAGGCUCGCGGGUUUACAUCUGCAAAUAGCGACGGAACUACCGUGGAUUCUCCCACCCAUGCCCACAUCGGGCUCAUCAGUCAUGUUGGAGGACAUAAGUAUGCCGGCAAUGUGAUUGUCUAUCUCCCGCCCAAGAUGACCAUUGGAGGCACAUCUGAACCCCACCCGCUGGCGGGUAAGGGUAUUUGGUAUGGUCGGAUUGAACCCAAGCAUGUUGAAGGUCUUGUGGAAGAGACUAUUUUGGGUGGAAAAGUGGUUACAGAUCAUUUCCGAGGCGGGAUUGACCAGAGCGGUGAUAUCCUGCGCAUGUAA